AUGGACAAAGCAGCCGCCCACGUCCAGCGUCUUUGCGAGGCGGGACGGUUGCGGGAGGCUCUCGCAGCCUUCUACGCUCUGGACUCCGCCGCGGCGCCGCCGCCGGAGUCCGCCUACGCCGCCCUCUUCCACGGCUGCGCCCGGCACGGCCUCCUUGCAGACGGUGAGGUCCUCCACCGCCACAUGCUCUCCUCCUCCUCCGUCGCCACCCCCCCGAGCCUCUUCCUCUCCAAUCACCUCGUCAACAUGUACUCUAAAUGCGGCCGCCUCAACACUGCCCGAAAACUGUUCGACGAAAUGCCCCGCAGGAACCUAGUCUCCUGGACCUCCCUCCUCACAGGGUACAGCCAGCACGGGAAGCACGAGGACUGCUUUCGCCUCUUCGCCGCCAUGCUCCCCCGCCACCUCCCCAACGAGUUCGCCCUCGGCAGCGUCCUCAGCUCCUCCGCUGCAGCCGGCAACCCCAGCUGGGGUCGCCAAGUCCACGCCCUCGCCUGCAAGACCGCCCUCCACUCCGUCGUCACCGUGGGCAACGCCCUCAUCACCAUGUACUCCCUCUGCAACGACGACGAAGAAGAAGCAUGGCGGGUCUUCCUCACCACGCCUUGGAGGAACGCCAUCACCUGGAACGCGAUGAUCUCAGGCUUCCAAACCAGGGGCCAACUCGACCGCGCUCUCAGACUCUUCUCCGGCAUGCGGCGAGAAGGGCCGCCGUGCGACCACUGCACGCUGGUCAGCGCCGCCGCAUCCUGCUCCAACCUCCACCAAUGCCGCCUCCUGCAGUCCCUCGCCACGAAGACCGGCCUCGCCUCCCGAACCGAAGUCGCCACCGCGCUCCUCAGAGCCUACUCCGUUGCCGGUGGCGAGCCAGACGAGCUCUACAAGCUAUUCUCCCAGUCCCCGCGGAAAGAUCUCAUCUCCUGGACGAGCAUAAUCGCCGCCUUCACUGAUCACCAAGAGGCCGCCCUCCUCCUCUUCUCUAGGCUCCGCAGGGAGGAGGGAUUCUCCCCGGACAAGUACACCUUCUCGGCCAUGGUCAAGGCCUGCGCGAGCUCGCCGACCGAUCGCCAAGUCUCCGCCCUACACGGCCUCAUUACCAAAUUCGGUCUAGCCGGCGACCUGGUCCUCUGCAACGCCCUCAUCCACACCUACGCCCGCUGCGGCAGCGUCGGGCCAGCGGAGCUCGUCUUCCACCAGAUGCCCACUAGGGACGUGGUAUCGUGGAACUCCAUCAUCAAGGCCUACAGCCUGCAUGGCCGCGGCGCCGCCGCCCUGAGGGCCUUCUCCGCCAUGGACGUUCACCCCGACGCCGCCACCUUCGUCGGCCUCCUCUUCGCUUGCAGCCACAGCGGGAUGGUCGACGAAGGGCGGGCCAUUUUCUCCGCCAUGGCCACCGAACACGGCGUUGCUCCCCAGCUGGACCACUUCGCAUGCAUGGUGGAUCUGCUGGGCCGCGCCGGCCACCUAGUGGAGGCCGAGGAGCUGAUCGGCCAGAUGCCAAUGGCGCCCGACCCGGUGGUCUGGAGCGGGCUCUUGGGAGCUUGCAGGAAGCACGGCGACUUGAGAAUUGCAGAGAGAGCGGCUCAGAUGUUAGUGGCCAUGGCGCCUGGGAGAUCUGCUGGGUAUGUUCUGAUCUCCAACAUGUACUCUGAACAGGGUAGCUUCAGAGAUGCCGCUCCUCUUUGGAAAGGCAUGAAGGAGUCGGGGGUGAAGAAGGUGGCGGGUCUCAGCUGGAUUGAGGUGGGGAACAGGGUCCAUGAGUUCUCUGUGGGCGGCCACCGCCACCCUCAGAUUAAGGCCAUACUGGGAGAGCUGAAGCUGAUUGUGGAGAAGGUGAAGGAGAUUGGGUAUGCCCCAGAGACGAGCUUGGUGCUGCAUGAUAUUGAGGAGGGGCUGAAGGAAGAACAGCUCUACUGCCACAGUGAGAAGUUGGCUCUGGUUUUUGGGCUCAUGAAUGCCCCAGAUUCCCAAAGUUGCAUCAAGAUUAUGAAGAAUAUCAGGAUAUGUAUGGACUGCCAUAGGUUCAUCAAGCUGGUUUCUAAGUGCGUGAGUAAGAAGGAGAUCGUCGUGAGGGAUGCCAACCGUUUCCACCACUUCAAAGAUGGGGUCUGCACCUGUGGAGACUACUGGUGA